CAUUAUCACCACUGAACCAGUCCGCACCGGGGUCCUGCGGUUAGUAGGCGACUGUCUAGCUCUGUGUCGUAUUCCUCUGCAUUUCUAAAUAUCCCGUUUUGCUCCCUUUUCAUCUUUUAUCCGAAGAUGAGCACGACUGUGGUGACGUUGGCGGUGCUUGUUCUGUUGGCAGCGGCCAGUGUAGAUGCUCUAACAUGCCGUCCAUGUAACAACGUACGGUGUGCCAGUCCUGAGACUUACGACUGCCCGGGCCGAGAGGUGGUGCCCAAUGAAUGCGGUUGUUGCUUUGUGUGUUCUAAGCUCGAAGGGGAGCCCUGCGGUGGGAGCUUCAACAUCCUGGGCACCUGCUCCUCCGACCUGGUCUGCUAUUCCCCGAGGUAUUCCAACGGCGGUACCUGCAUGACCGCCGAGCAAGCCGAGUGGCACAGGACUUCCAGCACGACAGCCGCCUCUCAUCACGGGGGCUCAACCACUACAACCACCACACCCCGCCCGUACUGGCUGGGGUGAUGUGGAGGGAGGCAUUGUAUGGGGUGGGCGGAG